GAAAAGUCAAAAAACCGAAUUCUAAACAAAAGAAGAAAAAAAAAACAACAAGUAAAAUAAAAAAAAUAUUAAAGUGAAAAUUUUGAAAGGAAAUCUUAUUACAACGGGUACUCAAAAGAAAUUCGUUGGAAAUUUUAUGCAAUUAAAUUAUAAAAUGUUAAAAAGAUUUUUAAAUUUACAUUCUAAGAUUUUCAUUUAGUGUUUUCUUCUCUCUAUAUAUAUAUAUAUAUAGAAUUCUGUGUGAAUAUUUUUUAAUGAUAUUUUAUAAAUAAAAUUUAUAUAUUAAUGAUUUGCAUAUUUACCUUAACCUUUACUUACCUACCUAUAUAUUAUAUAUGUAAAUAAAUAAAUGGUGUAAUUAUAAAAAAAAAAUAAUUUAUUACAAAACAAAUUUUGUUUCGGUUUUUUAUUUUGAUUUUUGCGAUCUGGUUUUAUAAGCUGUGUUUCAACACAUCCAAUUUAAAAAAACAAAAUUCAUUCAAAAUUUAUAAUCUAAUGCUAACUGAUAUUACUGGAGAACAAAAAUUUCAAUCUUAUGUAUAUUGGAAACUAAUAUCUUGACUUCGUUAAUUUAUACAAUUAUCAAAUUAUAUCAAAAAGGCUUAUAUUAAAAAAUAUAAAUGAUUUAUGCAUAUAAAUGUGAGAAACUGUGAUUUGAAUUUCGGAAACGCUUUUUAGUCGAAUUAUUCAAUUUAAUUUUUAUUUUAAACAAUUAGUUUAUAGUUAGAAUAUUUCAAAGAAAGGAAAAAACAACAAAGAAGACAGCGGGAAAUCGUAAAUUAAAAUAUAUGUAUAAAAUAAAUUAAAAUAAAAAUAAUUAAUAUUAAAAUUAAUAUAAAUUAAAAAAUUACUUGUACAUUAGAUUUCAUAUAUUCUUAAAAAAGGGAGAACAAGCUAAUAAAAACAUACAAAACGGUGUUCCAAAAGAUAAAACAGUUUUCAGAUUAUCUUUUUGCAAAAAUGGGGCCACCAAGUUGUGCUACUGUCGAUGGUACAGAAUUACCACCAAAAACAACUGAACGUAGUGAAGCACCAGUUGAAUUAACUGGAAUACGUAAAUCACUUAAAGAAAAUUUAAUGUUAUUGGUAACAUUAUCUGGAGUCACUUUAGGUGUAAUAAUUGGUUUCAGUUUACGUCAAUUCAAUUUAAGUGAAGAUUCAAUCAUGUUAAUUUCUUAUCCUGGUGAACUUUUUAUGAGAAUAUUAAAAUUAAUGAUACUUCCGUUGGUUAUAUCAAGUUUAAUAGCUGGAUCAGCUAGUUUGAAUGCAAAAAUGAAUGGAAAAAUUGCUUUAAGAACUUUAAUAUAUUUUGCUGCAACAUCAUUUUUUAAUGCAUGCCUUGGUGUAUGUUUAGCAAUGCUUAUACAUCCUGGUGAUCCUGGACUCCAUAAUACAUUAGAUCGGACUGCUGAUAAUAGGGCUGUGAAUUUAUUAGACAGUUUAUUAGAUCUUGGAAGAAAUGUUUUUCCUGACAAUCUAUUCCAAGCAGCAUUUCAACAAGCACACACAGUUUAUGUACCGAAACCAACAAUAUUAACGAAUUUCAAUGAUACUACAAAUGAGACGUCAACAAGUUUGGAUGCACAAGUUGGUUCUUCAUCCGCCAUUACAUCCGAUGAAGUGGAAGUUGAGUUAGUUCGUGUAGUACAAUAUCGUAGUGGAACAAAUACACUUGGCAUUGUAUUUUUCUGUUUGGUAUUUGGCACAUUUCUCGGUACAAUUGGUACAAAAGGACAAGUUGUGAUUGAUUUCUUUUCGGCUGUAUUUGAGGUUGUGAUGAAGAUGGUUACGUGUGUAAUGUGGUUAACCCCACUUGGUAUUAGCUCAGUUAUAGCUGGAAAAAUAUUAGGUGUUGUUGAUUUAGCUUUAGUAAUGUCACAGCUAAUGUGGUUCAUUAUAACUGUUGCAAUUGGUGUAUUCCUGUAUCAAAUGUUUGUAAUGCAACUGAUAUACUUUCUAUUCCUGGGCCGUAAUCCUUUUAAAUUCUAUUGUGGACUCAUACAGCCAAUGCUGACAGCUUUUGCUACAGCAUCAACUGCUGCUGCAUUACCAAUAACAUUCCGUUGUAUGAAUGAGAAAUUGAAAAUUGAUCAAAGGAUAACCAGAUUUGUUUUACCAAUUGGUUGUAAUGUCAAUAUGGAUGGGACUGCAUUAUUUAUUGCAGUAGCAUCUCUUUUUAUUGCACAAAUGAGUGGUAUGGCUAUUGGAUUUGGUGAAAUUGUCACUGUUUUACUAACAUCAACAGCAGCAUCAAUGAGUUCAGCUAGUGUUCCGAGUGCAGCUUUGGUAUUACUGCUAGUUUCACUUUCAGCAAUCGAUGCGCCAGUACAAGAUGUAACAUUAUUAUUCGCUAUUGACUGGUUUGUUGAUCGAAUUCGGACUACAAAUAAUAUGCUUGGAGAUUGCUAUGCCGCUGCUAUUGUAGAACAAUUAUCUAAAAAAGAAUUGAUGGCUCUAGAUGCUGCUGUUUUGUAUCAGGACUCUGGGGCAGUAACAACACCAAAUGGCCAUAUUCAUAUGGAUCAAUCAGAAUUAGAAAGACGAUUAUCUAUAUCAAAUUCAGUAAUUGUUGACAUACCAAAUGGAACAGCUGCAAAUGGUUAUCAUCCAACACAAAAUGCAAUAAAUACAAGGAUGUAAAACAGCACCGUUAGUAUUUUAUAAUAAUAAAGAACAUAAUAAUAAUAAUAACAUAUGAAGUAUAAUAGCAAAACAAAAUAGAAAAGCGUAUGAGUUUAGUUUUAAUUUCUAUAAAUUUAUUAACAAAAUAUUAUGUUGCAUAUGAAUAUAUUUUUUUUAAGAAAAUGACUUUAAGAAUUUUAAGAGUUUCAAUAAUUAAUAAUUAUUGCACACUCUUGCUGUAAAUAUAUGUGUUACAGGUAUAAUAAUCUUUCACGAACUAAUUUUUUACUAAAUUUUCAAUUUUUUUUUUUAUUUUAUAUUUUGUUUCAUAUACGUACAUAUACAUAUAGAACUCUUAUUAAGAAAUGUUUAUUUUAUAUUAUCUAUAUAUUCUGAGAUUAAAAUAUGGAGAUUUCUUUUUUAUAAAUAAUAAAAUAAUCGGGAUAAAAGACAUAUUUGGCCCCCAUUUGAAUAAUACUCUAAUUACAAUAUAAAUUAACUAGAAUCAGUGCACUACUUAAAAUUAACAAAAUUUUGUAGAAAAAUAAUCAAAAUUUAACCUUUCAUAAAAUUUAUAAAAUUUAUGCAUUAUUUAAAACAAGUAGAUAAUUGUAAUAUAAAUAUGUGCAAAGCAAUAUCGACUUUAAUAUAAUUGGUAGUCAAACAAAAACAAAUAUCCUAUAAUUAAUACAAAUUAUGAAUUAAAAAAUUAUUUUAAUAAAAAACAAUAGAUCUUACACAUUAUUACAUUAUACAUAAAUAUAAUUUUGUAGCUAAUGUGUACAUUUGUUUUUGUAUAAAUUUAACAAUCAGAUCAAAGUAAAAAUAUGUAAAGAAUUUUAUAAAACACUCUUUUUUUGUAUGUAGCGUCCUUCUUUACAUUGCGAAUCAAUAAAAUAAUAUGUUCACAUGAGUUCACUAUUUGUAUUUAUUUUAAUUAAUCUCAUUUCCAAAAUAUUUGCAAUAUAAAUUCAAAAGUACCUAUGUAAUUUGUUAUUAAACCUAUUGGAUUGAUAAAUUCAAAUUGUAAUACAUAAAUUCAUUCAUAAAUUAGUGGAUAAAAAUGCAGUUGAAUACUAAAUUUAACAUUUUUACACUUAAAUUAAAAACUAUUUCUGAAUCAAUUUCUUAUAAACAAUAUAUGUAUAAUUUGGUAUUCAUGAGUAUAAGGCCUAUAAAAUAAAUGAAAUAAAAAUUUAGUAAAACUUAAUACAAUUUAUUUUUUAAUUAUUAGUGUUAAUUAAUUUAAUUAAAAAUAGGCAAGAUUUAAAUUGUUAAAUUUAAUUUACCAUUAAAAAAUUUUUAACACCUAUGCACAUACUUCCAUAAGCUAUAACACUUAAACAUAUAGAAUUAUUUUAAAAUUGAAAAUUUAAUUAAACACAAAAAUCUUUUACUUAUUCGAAUUUUUUAUUGACACUAAAAAUGAUGUAUAAAAAAUUUAAAAACAAAAUUAAUUGGCAAAAAAUUCCCAACUUAUUUUGUUCAAAAUUUUAUACUUAUUAUGGGUAUACAUUAAAAAUAAAAAUUAAAGUAUAUUGUAUAAUUUAAUGCCUUUGUCCAGUGUGUUAGGCGAAAAUAUUAAAGAAAAAACCCCAAAUAAAUAUUUGCUCAUGUAAAAUACAUUUUUUUUAUAUAAAUUUCAUUAUUAGUAAUAAAAUUAUUGAAAAAUUUUGUUUACAUUCUAUUUUUAUAAUGGCUUUUAAAUUUGUCAUUGAAAUGUCAAAUGUAAAAUAAGUAGAAUUUUGUUUCAAAAGAUUGAGAAACUUUUCAAUUCGAUACUCGAAAUAUUUUGAUUUUGAAGUUUUAUUGUAAAUUUUUUUUUUUUUAUUAAAAUUAACUUAAAAGAGAAACAUUAUUUUUAAUAUUUUUUUUUAUUUUUGUACUUUGUUAAAAAUUUUUAAUCGAUUGGAGUCUGCCUUAUUAAUUAUUAAUACCAAUUAAAGAAUAUUAUAAAUUAUUUGUGAUAGUACUUGAUAAGAGUAAUUGUAUAUUUAAAAAUAAAAUAUCAAAUUCAGUUUUAUUCAAAAUGGAAAUAUUUUUUAGAGAAUGUCCAAAGAAAAAAAGAACAAAAAAAAUAAUAAUAAUAUAAAAUGUAUAAAAUAACAAAAAAAUAAAGUUAAUAAUAAAAAAAAAAUUUUAACAGAUUACACCAUUUUACAUAAUAUAAUUGACAUAAAGUAGAAUGCUUAAAUAAAUACACCCCCAUCAAAAAUAGUAUGUACCUAUAAAGUUCAUGUUAAAUUUAUAAAAUGGUAUAAAAUUUUCAAUAUUCUUUGCAGAGAUAACAACAUAUAUGUACGAGUAAUUAUAUAAGAAAAGUUGGCUAAUAUUUAUAAUAAUCUAUAAUGUAUGCAGAAAAAAUAAUUCUCUGCUUAGAAAA